AUGGGCAAUGGGGCUCUCCAGCCUGUGCAGUCAGGCAAGUACCCUUCUUCAGCUUCCGUUGCGUUCAGUGACUGCCUCUCAACUUCUAGAACUCGUCCCAACGAUCAUCGGAACACAUCACGACAAAUAAUUGACGCAUCUAAUUCAUCUAAUGGUCUGCGGCUGUACUACCAGAACGUGCGUGGUUUGAAAUCCAAAAUCGCUGAAUGCUUCGUUGCUUCAUCAGAGCUCGGUUUCGAAAUCUACUCAUUCACCGAAACUUGGCUCGAUUCAUCCGUACCGUCAAGUCAGCUAUUCAGUUCUGACUAUAACGUAUUUCGUUGUGACAGAAGUAGUGCCAAUAGUCGUCGUAGUAGAGGUGGUGGGGUCCUCAUAGCGGUUUCAAGCACGCUUAGCUCAUCAAUCGUAGCUUGUAAUACUAAUAGCAUAGAAAGUUUGUGGGUGAGAGUGUCAAAUGAUCACGGCUCAUUUUUGAUCGGAACAGCUUAUGUACCGCCGGAAAAAAGUUACGAUUGUACAAUUAUCGAUUUGCAUGUUGAUGCAUUAUCAGAUGCUAGACUACAACACCCUGAAUGUAAUGUAAUUCUUCUUGGUGAAUCGCAAUUGUUCUGGAUUCCGGGUCAGAGCAACAACAUGGUGUUGGAAUCUUCUUCCACGAUAAAUUCUGCUAGUGCUACACUAUUGGAUGGAACGACAUUGAAUGGAGUUAGUCAACGAAACGGGAUACGAAACUCUCAAAACCGAACGCUGGAUUUGGUUUUCUCAGAUGAUUCUAUUUCGAUCAGUCCCAUUAUCGAAGCCAGUGAUUUCAUUGUGCCGAUAGACGUGUAUCACCCUCCUUUGGAAUUUGAAAUUUUCUUCCCGAAUCCUAUCACUUUUGUUGAAGAUUUCGAUGUAUCAGCCCGUGAUUUUAAUCGGGUGGAUUUUGAUACCAUGAACCGUGUUCUAUCUGAAGCUGACUGGUCUGAAAUCCAAAGUUGUACUGACGUUGAUGUAGCUGUUUGUAUAUUAAAAGCAAUCCUGGAUGACGCUUUUGAUAAAUCCGUACCCCUGGUGCGGCCUCCUCUUCGACCUCCUUGGACUAAUGCUCACUUGAAGCGGUUGAAACAGACACGAUCGAAAUUGCUACGGAAGUUUAGUAACUCCAGGUGCCCAUUCGUGAAAAUCAAAUUGAACGCGGCUACUAAAUGUUACCGGAUAUACAACCGACUUUGCUAUCGUCGUUAUGUGCAUCGUACUCAGACUGAACUCCAAACGAAAAGAGUCUGGGCUACCAGCUGUACUCCAAUUAAAUGA